AUGGAGGACGACACACGGAGCAACAGUGGCCAGACGCUACGCCCAUUCUCACAACCCACCAUGAACUCGAGAUUUCCUUCGCUACGACGCCUCAAUUCCACCGAACCUUAUCGGCAUCGAUCGUUACCUGCCGAACCCUCACCUGGCUCCGACCGUGCCAGCAGUGAGAUUACCUUCGCUGUUCUCUACGAUGAUGGUCCGGACUAUCAUGUCGGCCACUACGAUGAUCAAGGAUCGAUGCGAUCCACCCACAACAGAGACUCCAUGGCCUCCUACGCACCGUCUUUCCGCACGCGCGACUCGAGGAUUGUGAGUGAGGAAAACUACCUCGACAAUCGAAAUCCCGACUUUGUAGCCAACCAGAGACUUCUGGCAGAAGGAUAUCUGAACAACAAUGACUCCCUCUACGACCAAUCCGUCCCGCGUUACCCUACUCAGUCUGAAGAAACCUUGGCCAUGAGCUCAUUACACAACUCAUACGCCCGAGACGAAAAGAGACCGCUAUCCCAGAUGAUGAUUUCUUCCAUGGACCGAGCACAAAGCAAACACUCACAUGAAUCUUGGUGUACUUGUGAUGAGGAUCAUGGCCAUGGCAUGGCGGAUAGAAAAGACCCAGCCAAGUUUGACCUAGAAGCUCAGAACGGUCCCGCCACCCCUACUCCUUUCCUACCAAAAGAGAAACCCACUGAUCAAUACAAUGUCAAAUUCAAUGGUCCUACCGAUCCCCUGAACCCCAAGAAUUGGCCUUCCCGGAAGAAGUGGGCGGUCACGAUAUUGACUGCGUCGUUCACAUUCCUCUCGCCUCUCGCCUCGUCCAUGGUAGCUCCCGCUCUCCCACAGAUCAGAGAAGAAUUUCACAUUCAAAACAAGAUCGAAUCGCAGAUUGUCUUGUCUAUUUUCGUCUUGGCUUAUGCGGUGGGCCCUAUGAUCCUAGGCCCGCUGUCCGAAUUGUAUGGACGUGUCAUCAUUCUCCAAUCCUCCAACGUGAUGUUCCUUGCCUUCAACACUGCCUGUGGCUUUGCUCAGUCCAAAGAACAGCUAAUGGCUUUCCGAUUCCUGUCCGGUCUAGGUGGUUCUGCCCCACUUGCUAUUGGUGGCGGCGUCCUCGGUGAUCUGUUCAAGCCGGAAGAACGUGGUAAGGCCAUGGGUAUCUAUGCCAUGGGUCCCCUUCUCGGUCCUGCCGUUGGUCCUAUCGUCGGCGCUUGGGUUGCGGAAAAAUCCGACUGGCGAUGGAUGUUCUAUGCCACCUCGAUUGUUAAUCUGUUCAUUCUCAUCGGCGGUUUUUGGAAACUCAACGAAACAUACGCGCCUUACAUCUUACACAAGAAAGCCAAGAUGAUCCGCAAACAAACUGGUGACCCAAAGUAUCGUGCCGAAGGUGAAGGUGAAGUCGACCAACCUAUUUGGAAAAAGAUUGUCAAGACAAUGGGUCGAUCGUUCGGCAUGUUGUUCACUCAACCCAUUGUCCAGGUCCUGGCCCUCUACAUGGCUUUCUCGUACGGUAUCCUCUAUCUUGCUCUGUCUACCUUCCCCGAAUUGUACCAGGUCGUCUACAGCGAAAGCGUGGGUGUCUCAGGUCUUAACUAUAUCUCACUCGGUUUGGGCUUCUUCAUUGGUGCCCCUCUUUGUGGUAAAUCCGGUGACAAGAUCUAUCAAAAGCUCAAGGCAAAGGAUCCUCGAAACCAGGGUAAACCCGAAUACCGCAUGCCUCUCGUCAUUCCCUUCUCAUUCUUGGUCCCCAUUGGUCUCUUCACCUAUGGCUGGUCAGCCCAAGCCAAAACGCACUGGAUUGUCCCCAACAUCGGCUCCUUCAUCUUCGGCAUUGGAACCAUCGCUGCCUUCCAAUGUGUCACCACAUAUCUUGUCGAUACCUACGCCAGGUUUGCUGCCUCGGCCGUCGCUGCAGUCACCAUCCUUCGAUCAUUGGCUGGUUUCAGCUUUCCUUUGUUUGCGCCCGCUAUGUACGACGCUCUGGGCUUCGGUUGGGGUAAUACCGUUUUGGCUCUUGCCGCCGUUGGUAUCGGGAUGCCCGUCCCAGUCUUGCUUUGGCUCUUCGGUGAGAAACUGCGAAAGAGAAGCAGUCUUGCCGCCAAAGGCCCACCAGGAAAGGGACCUGGAGGUCCAGGAGGCAAAGGACCCGGCGGCCCCGGCGGUCCAGGAGGCCCUGGAGGAAAGGGUCCCGGUGGUCCCGGUGGUCCAGGAGGGAAAGGACCAGGUGGCCCCGGUGCUCCUCCAGGAGGAAUGGGUCCCGGGGGUGUUCCAAUGGGACCUCCACCUCCAUUUCCAGGAGGAAAGAAAGGUCCCGGCCCUUACUAA